AUGACCAGGAGUGUCGCGGUUAAUUUCGAGGCCCGCCUCAAGGUGGAAAAUGGCAAGGCUUUCCCAGGCCACCCCCAGACAAGCUGGGUUCCGCUGCAGGCCCUGGCAGCGCGAGGUCCUUUCCAGGCCCACCUCCUACCACCCAAAGAGCGGCUCGGAGGCCGCCUACAGGUGCCGGCCCGGCACUGCGACCCGGGCGCAGGGGCGGCGUCUCAGCCCACCAGCAUCUCCCUCGUCUCCCGCGCCCGGAGCGCAACCCUGGCGCGCCCGCCGCCCGCUGCUCCCGGCGCGGUUUGGAAAGGAAGCUGGGAGCCCGGGGAGGCUCCACACACACUUCAAUUUGGGAGGAGGAGGUGGCGGGCGGCCGAGGCUUUCCCUCGAAGCUGCGGCAAGCCUGGCUCCGGGAAAAGUUUUUUCCAAAGUUCCCAGCAGCGUCUGCCCAGGUCGCCUCCGCCGGGCGAGCCGACGCCGACGGCGCGAACGCCAGCCCCGCCGCCGCCGCCGCCGCCUCUGCCGCCGCCAGCGCCGCGCUCUGGGGCGGCUCGCGCGCUCCCCAGCUCCCGGGCCGUGCUCCCGGCGGGCAGGCCGGCCCUCCUCCGGGGGCGAAAGCCGCAGCUGACGCAGGCAGCUCGGAAGGCGGAAGCCGCCCCGCUCCGACCGCUCCGCCAGCGCCCUGGCGCCUACUGCACCCAGGGCCCCGCACUAGCGGGGCAAAGGCGCCCGAGGGGGCGGACACCACCCGAGGCACCCCGGGCGUCCCCGAGCCGCAGCCCCUUCCAAAUCCCUCCCUGCGCGCUCUUCUUUUCUGCCUAG